GCUAUGGCUACAGGACAGGUGCUAUUUCAACGUUUCUUUUAUACCAAGUCUUUUGUGAAGCAUUCCAUGGAGCAUGUGUCAAUGGCCUGUGUUCACCUGGCAUCCAAAAUUGAGGAAGCACCAAGGCGCAUAAGGGAUGUGAUUAACGUGUUCCAUCGGCUCAGACAUCUACGGGAAAAAAAAAAACCUGUGCCUCUAAUACUGGAUCAAGAAUAUGUGAACUUGAAGAAUCAAAUAAUUAAGGCAGAAAGAAGAGUGUUAAAGGAGUUGGGAUUUUGUGUUCACGUGAAGCACCCUCAUAAGAUAAUCGUUAUGUACCUUCAGGUAUUAGAAUGUGAACGUAACCAACACCUGGUCCAGACAUCAUGGAACUACAUGAAUGAUAGCCUGAGAACAGAUGUCUUUGUAAGAUUCCAGCCAGAAAGCAUUGCCUGUGCAUGUAUUUACCUGGCAGCUAGGACACUGGAGAUUCCACUUCCUAAUCGUCCACACUGGUUUUUACUCUUUGGAGCAACAGAGGAAGAAAUCCAAGAAAUCUGCUUAAAAAUCUUGCAACUUUAUACUCGGAAAAAGGUUGAUUUAUCUGACCUGGAAAGUAAAAUAGAAAAGAAGAAAUUAGCUAUCGAAGAGGCAAAGGCGCAAGCGAAAGGUCUAGUGCCUGAGGGAGCCCCGAGUUUGGAUAACACAGCAGGAUUUUCCCCUAUCCCGAAAAAUGGUAAUUAGUAACAAAAACUUGUUCUCAUAGAGUCUCCCAAAGAAGUUAAAGGAAAUAAACCUUCACCGCUGCCUGUUCAGGCAAUGAAGAAUGCUAAAAGGAAAACAGAGGGAGCAAAAAGAACGAGUUCAAAUAGCCCUGUCAAUGGUGUUCAGAAAGGAAGGGAAAGCAGAAGUCGAAGUGGAAGUAGAGAUCAGAGUUACUCAAGAUCACCAUCCAGAUCUGCAUCCCCUAAGCACAGGAAAAGUGAAAGUUACUCCACAUCCAGCGGCUCCAAAUCCCACAGCCGUUCCAGGAGCCGCAGCGACUCUCCCCCACGACAGUUCAACCACAGUUCCAGCUACAAAGGCUCGAAGGUGAGAAGCUACAAGAAAUCAAAAGACUACAAAUACUCGACACACAAGCCCCGGAAAUCCCGCAGCAGGAGCUCCUCGCGUUCCCGCAGCCGAUCCCGGGAGCGCUCUGACCAUUCAGGGAAGUACAAGAAGAAGAGUCACUACUACAGGAACCACAGGCACGAGCGGUCACGCUCCUACGAGCGAGCAAGUCACCGCUAUGAGCGAGAGCAUCCGGGCCACAGCAGGCACAGGCGGUGA